ACUGUUUUGACCUCUACAUCUUUUCAGUCAUUGCCUUAUUUAGCAAAAACUGAAGCCCUCCAUCAGUCUUUCAUCGGAGUCUCUCUCUUAUUGAUUCACAGAGAGAGAGAGAGAGAGAGAGAGAGAGAGAGAGAGAGAGAGAUCAUGUCGAGUGAAAGGGGGAAGGACCCUGUUGAAGGGUCGUCGAGAUCUCCCGGUAGCGAUUCGCCGGCGACACCGAGCCGGUAUGAGUCCCAGAAAAGAAGAGAUUGGAAUGCCUUCAUUCAGUACCUGAAGAACCAAAGGCCACCAGUUCCACUCUCGCAGUGCAACUACACUCAUGUUCUCGAAUUCCUCCGCUAUCUCGAUCAGUUCGGCAAGACUAAAGUUCACAUCCAAGGAUGCAUCUUCUACGGGCAGCCGGAGCCACCGGCUCCAUGCACAUGCCCGCUCAGGCAAGCCUGGGGAAGCCUUGAUGCGCUCAUCGGGAGGCUCCGAGCCGCCUACGAAGAGAACGGAGGGACCCCAGAAACAAACCCCUUCGCUAGCGGUGCCAUCCGAGUUUAUCUCCGGGAAGUGAGGGAUUGCCAAUCUAAGGCAAGGGGGAUUCCAUAUAAGAAGAAGAAGAAGCCGACGAAUCAAACCAAGGGGACUGAAGAAUCGAGCUCCGGCCCCGUGCACUUCUCUUGAUAAGUGGAUGUCCUGUGGAAUCGAUUCAUCAAGUGGAUGGAAGGAAAGAAAAACUUGCCAAUGUCCCUAAUGGAGUCGCUCUAUUCAUCUUAAGGUACUGCCGUUUCUAUUCCUAGUUGCUAGUAUAAACUAAGGUCACGAAACCUAGAUGCUCAAGGCUUGCUGCUAUAUUUGGAAUGCCCUCUUUUCUUUUCAGCUUGGGAAAAUGUUUUACCCAUAUGUUCCAUCGCAAAAUGCAUUUUUUGCUUGUAACUUGUGAUGUGGGUGGUCGAAUCCGCUUCUCCCUGUAGUGGAAGUUGAGAUUUAUGUGAUUAUAUGUUGCUUCCAGGUUUCAGCUC